AUGUGGAAGAGUGCAGACUUAGGACGGAGUCUCACACGAUUUUGUGCUUUGUUCAUGUACAGUGGUGCAAUAUUCUUCCAAGCGAAGACUAUUCUAGCACCAGAAGGUGUUGAUCACCUCAAUAUAACAAUGAGGCAGCAUGUCCUGCCCAGAUACGAUUAUAUCGUGGAUUCACAGAUUACUCCGGUGUUUGAAAUCGCGUAUGGCACUCACACCCUAUUGAUGGUUUUUCUUUAUACAAUUGAAAUAGCAAUGUGCAAUUUAGCUGCUGUUUUCGUCGGUCACAUUUGUGGACAAGUGCAAGUGAUGAAGUUGAAGUUGAAUCAUCUUGAAAAUAUCGCUAAUGCCGAAAAUCCGAAUGUCAUCGAUGAUGCCAUUUCAUCUUUAGUACUCUGCCAUGUGAAGACAAUAACAUUAUUUGAGAAUAUUCACAAUGCGUUAUGCGAAAUCUGCUUAAUCGAGGUGAUCUAUUCAAUCGUCGUCAUGUGCUGGUUGGAAUUUUACUGUUUGAGGGAAUGGAGAAAUAAUAAUAUUCUGUCUUUCAUCGCAUAUAUCACGCUCUUCGUUGCUCUCUCAUUUAAUAUUUUAAUCCUGUGUUACAUUGGUGAAGUUGCAAAGAAUGAGUGUGAAUCAGUGGCGCGAUUGGCGUACGACAUUGCCUGGUAUCGCUUACCAGCGAAAAAGCUUUCAUCUUUUAUUUUGAUUAUGGCGGUGGCGAGAUAUCCUAGGAGCAUAACAGCUGGGGGAAUGAUGCAAAUGACACUUCGCAAUUUUACUACCGUAAGUAAUUGA